AUGUCUAGGAUCGGGAACCUACCGACCGAGCUGAUUCUCUUAAUCGCCUCAUUCUUGUUAUCUGAAUCAUAUCUCGCUGCCUUGGCCUUGUCAAGCCGCCGUCUGUAUGGAAUCUCCAACCGCUACCUUUACCAAUACAAUGUGCUCCAUGGUAACAGCUCCGCUUUGGACUGGGCAGCGCAGAACGGACAGAUGGCUACACUACAAAAGGCGCUAGACGCUGGCGCUCCUCUCGCGAAGAAGCAGGUGAAGGGAAAAUUGAAAACGCCGGGUCCGAUCAUCUCCCAAUUCGGUCGCAAAUAUUAUCGCAGCUUUCGAAAGUUUCCGCCGCAUCCGAUCUCACUGGCGGCAAGUGCCGGUCAUAUAAAUAUCGUCCGAUACAUGAUUGACCGCGGCGUGAUUGUCAAUAUGAGUGACCCGGAUGGAUUCACGCUGCUGGCGCUGGCUGCUAUCCACGGCUAUGCUUCUCUAGCAAAAUAUUUGCUGGAAGUUGGAGCACGGCAAGGGAUCCGGAGCGUGUUAGGACACCGGCCUAUGGGGGAUAAGACCGACAAAGACAACCUGAUGACAGAGGCCUUGUUCGCCGCGGUUCUUGGUGGGUGGGUCCCGGUGGUCAAGGUAUUAUUCACAUAUGGAGUAAAUAUGAACUUCCACUUUGAUGGACGGACUCCGCUUUGUAUUGCCGCGACCAACGGAAUGGGCGACUUGGUAUCCUUACUUCUUGCGUAUGGUGCGAGUCCAGAUUUGCCUGUGGGUAAAAGACGGUCAGAUAUACCCUUAACGGCCGCAGUGAUCGAAGGACACGAAGACAUUGUCCGAAUGUUGGUUAACAGAACGGCGAGCGUCCACCGCACCAGAGCUUUGGCAUUCGCAGUUUCACGCGGGAGUGUACGACUUGCCGAGAUAUUACUUCAAAGAGGCGCACCCCCUGAGUUCUGCCCAUCCGAGAUACCGAAAUCCUGGGACGAGGACGAAGACUGGGUGCAGCCUUUUCUCGCUGCCGCGAAGAGGGACAGUCUAGAGCUCGUGGAAUUGCUCCUGGAUUAUGGGGCGGAUGUAAAUGUGCAAUGUUUCGAGCACUUCGAUUACGGAAUUGAGGAAUCUUAUGACCGUGCCCUGCUCUGGGCUGUGCACGAAUCCCAGGAAGCGAUCGUGAAUUUGCUACUAGAGCGUGGCGCAGAUCCUGAGACUAGUGAUGAGACAGGACAGCCUGUGCUCACUCAUGCCGUUUACCGCGAAAGUGAGGCCUUAAUUCGCUCCCUGCUGGAUCACGGGGCGAAUCCUCACCAGGCAGUGGAUCAUCGUUGCAAGAAACUGAUGUCGUUUCGGCAAAUGAAACAAUCGACCUGGGCGAUGCUACAAGAGGCAGAGGUGGAAUGGACUAAGCAGCAUCCGAGCUGA